AUGGGGCAGUCGAACGGCGCCACGCAGAGCUCGCAGACGCUCACGUCCGCUGCGCCUUCUCAGAAUCAACGCCAGGCUCAGGGUGCCGAUGCCGAAGAUGAUGCGCCGGUGUUCACUCUUUCGUCCGUCUCCGCGACAUCCCCCGUGCGCAAGAAGGUGCACAUCACGAUCCACGAGCGCACGCUGCGCUUCGUCAACCCGACCUCGUCUGCGCGGGAAGCAUCUGUCCCACUCUCGUCGCUCUCGCGUGCAUUUCUGGUCCCGACGCGGGGGAAGACGAAGCCGCACUGGACCGUCAUACUCAUGCUCGCGGACGAGCCGGAGAAAGGCGCACCCUCAAGUAUUCAACAGGUUAUCUUCGGGCUCGAUGCUACAUGUGCGACACCACUCAUAUACACCGAGAAGAAAGCCCAGAUGCGGGUUGAGAAAGGCAAAGAGAGCAUCACCGCCAUCCGCGACUUUCUCAAGCACCUCCCCUCCCACGUCACCCUACACGAGCCCUCGACCGCGCACUUCCGGAGUGCAUGUCCGCCCGGCCUCAGCACGUCUGGAGGCCAGCGGAGCGCAAACGAGCGCGCGGCGGUCGAGGCGUAUCUCGGCGCCAAGGUCGGCACGCUGUGGUUCUUCGACGAGGGCAUGCUGUGGGGUGAGAGCAAGCCGUGUGAGUUCUGGCCUGUUCAUGGCCUCGCGAGCAAGGACGGGCUGAGAGUGGUCAGUCCGACCGGGCGGACGUGUUCGGUCAUCCUGAGGCGGGUUGCGCCUCCCAGUGAGAAGAAGGGAGGUGGUGAUGGAGAGAGUGACGAGGAGGAGGAGGAGGGCCCCGAGACCGAGUUCACCAUGAUCGACGGGCGCGAGCAGGAGCCCAUUCAGACGUGGAUACGCGCGCGGGCACACCGCUUCGGUCGUGCGCCUGGGGAGGUGACCAGCCCCGUCAAGGGCAAGGGCAAGGGCGGCGAUGCAGCAAACCCAAAAGCCCCUGGUGGCUCCUUGGCGGUCCCCCAGACGGCGGCAAACGGACCUGCAUGGGAUGACUCGGACUCGGAGGACGAGGAUUUCAAUGCCAGCGACGACGGCGACGACGGCGACGACUCUGAUGCUGAUUCCGAUGACUCCGGUUCGGGCGGAGAAGACGAUGACAACGAUGCAGGGCGGGACGAAGACGAUGAUAGUGAUGAUGAAGUUGAGGAGCUUGAUCCUCGCCAUCACCCCUUGCUCAGAGCCGGCGCCGUCCCGCGACUAUCGCGCGCCGCUGUUGACGCUGUCGUCGACAUGAUGGGCGGAGGUGGGGCUAGCCCGGCCAGGGCUGGAGUUGAGGCGGAGGUGGUAGCCGAUAGCGAGGACGAGGAGGACGAGCUGAUGGACGAGUAG